UCUGACUUCACAGCCCGCACGGCAUGGUCAUUGUGGCAUUGGUGCGGCUUUAAUAUCCACGCUUUUGUCUUCUUCCUCUUGCCUAGAGCGUCUACUUAAACCGAAACGUCGGUUGACCUGUGAAACAGAAAAAACAACUUUUGGAAGGGAGCUAGACGCACCAGCCGACACACGAUGAUCGGUUUACCUAAUAGACUUGUUCGAUUUGCGAUCGUAGCGUCCAUCGUCUUGACGUUCAUUUUUCUUGGAUUUACGCAGACGGACAAGAUUCGCCAAACUUUGGAUCUGCAAAAAUCCGGUAUUUUGGGCGGCAACAGCGAAAAGAAGCCAGAGGCUCCUCAUGAGUACUACGAAAUAAAAACGCACAAGUCGCAACCGAACACGGAUUACCUCCCAGAUGGCCGGGUCAACGCAGCAUUCGUUACUCUGGUUCGCAAUGAGGACUUGCACGACAUGCUUUUGUCCAUUGAGAGACUCGAAAACCGCUUCAACAAGCGUUACCAUUACCCUUGGGUAUUUUUGAACGACAAGGAGUUCACGGAAGAGUUCAAGACGGCCAUUCGCGCCGCUGUCUCCGGCGGUGCUGAGUUUGGCUUCGUUGAACCAAAAUACUGGAGUAUUCCCUCUCACAUUGACCAAGACAAGAUGCACGCUUCUUGGAGAGACAUGGAAAAAAACAAUAUCAUUUACGGCGGCUCCGAGUCUUACCGUCACAUGUGCCGAUUCGAGUCUGGUUUCUUCUACCGCCAUCCCCUCGUUUCUCAGUACGAGUACUACUGGCGCGUGGAGCCUUCGGUCGACUUUUACUGUGACAUCGACUUCGAUCCCUUUGUGUACAUGAAAGAAAACGAGAAGCUGUACGCUUUCACCAUUUCUCUGCACGAGUAUGCUGAAACGGUUACUACGCUUUGGGAUGUUACGAAGGCUUUCGUUGCUGAGCACCCUACAGCCAUUCAUCCCAACAACACGCUGGAGUUCAUUUCUGACGACAAUGGUCAGUCCUACAACAUGUGUCAUUUCUGGUCCAACUUUGAAAUUGCUAGUGUCAACUUUUGGACAAGUGAGCCUUAUGCCUCGUAUUUCGAGUAUUUGGAUCGCAUGGGCGGUUUCUUCUAUGAACGUUGGGGAGAUGCUCCCGUUCACAGUAUCGCUGCUGCUUUGUUUAUGGACCGUAAACACUUGCACUUCUUCAACGAGAUUGGAUACUAUCAUCCCGGUAUUACCCAUUGCCCUAUUGAAGACGAGUUCCGUUCUAAGUGUUCUUGCAGACCAUCUGACACUAUUGACUUCAAUGGUUACAGUUGCAACAAGCACUGGUAUGAGGUGAUGAACAUUCCUUUCCCUCAGAACUACGAGCUUUAUCUCAAAUAAAACAGCCUGCCCGUCAAGUCUUGCAGGAUGCUACUGACCACCAACGGGUACGAAUAUGCCCCCCGUUUCAUUUCUUUUUUAAAAUUUCUACCGUUUUGUUUAAAGUGAAUUUGACUCGUACCGAUUUACGCUUUUCCACAACACCUUUUUUCUCUUUUUCUUGGGCAGCCUUUUGAAAGCGGCUGUGAGAUCAUGCUGGUUGUGAUGCGCACAUGCCAUAUACAUUGACUGCCUUUUUGUUUUUUUGCUAAGAAAUGUGAAAAUUGUUGUCUACGUUUAUUGCAAAACCUUGAAUGAUACACUGAAACCAUGUGUGUCAGUACGGAGACCGGACGAUGAAAACGUUCAACAAGACGACAACAACAACACUUCACGCUAAACGAUAUAUAAAUUCUUUGCUUGCAUUAUCAACAUUUCAUUUCCUGCCAUGCUCUACGAGACGACGCACGGCUGGCUAUGGGAAGGGAGCCCAACUGUCAAUAGGCCUGCACAGGGCGAAUACAAUAAGAAAAAAAGAAUGCUGCUAGUGUCGAGUGAAGGAGCGUUUGUAGGUUCAUUAGUAAAAUUGCACCGAAACACCUCCCAGUUGCUCUGUUCGCCCUUUUUAUGUUUGUGUAUGUAUGUGUAAGUGAAAGUAGCAGCAGCAGCAGCAAAUAAGUUGUAGUAGUAAAGUGAAUAAGUCUUGAACAAAUUGCAAACCCGUUUCGUAACGCGACA